CAAGCAAAGCAGGGCUGGUGUAAACCGUCACCAACCAAAACACGGGAUACACGGGAUACACGCAGAUUACACCUUUGAUUGGUUAUUGGAGAGGCUUGGAGAAAAUAUCCCAUUUUGUCGAAGUCCGGGGGCGGGGCAUACCAAAAAGUAAUGGCCAUCUAUUUAGGGUCUGGCCAGGGGAUUUCUCGUCUAUCAUAGCUAUUCUAUAGAAUUCGCCGUUUGUAGAGCGAACAAGGUAAACAUCGUAACCAGUAUUACUAGUCGUAUUCGUUAAUUGCAGUCGCGUUCGGUCUGAAUAUAGUUGAUAUAUCGCCUGAACUUGAUACACCAAUUUAGGGUUAACCAGCCAUCUAGCCACGCUAGCUAUCAGUAUCAGCUCACCAGCCAACAUUUAGAACCUUCCUUGGGCGUGAUAGUUUGGACGUUUCGAGUCGAUCACAUGCGGAUAUUUGUAUAACGCAGUUAUUACACAGUAUCUCAUACCACAAGUCAACAUGGGAAUGAUUUUAUUUUCAAGAGAUUGACGACGACAAAACGGAUUAAGGGCAAUUUGGUCUUGGGUAAAAAGUUGUACGCAGGAUUAAAGAUAUCUUUAUGGUUAAGAAGAGAGUUGCCAAGUCUUUAUCUCCCAUCUACAAAAAAGGGCAUGCCAAAAUCCCAGUAAUGGAGACCACGGCUGUGAGUACCACCACUCUGGCCAAUGAUGAGUUUGACAGGAACGUGCCGCGGAUCUGCGGUGUGUGCGGGGACAAGGCCUCCGGAUUCCACUUCAAUGCCAUGACCUGCGAGGGCUGCAAGGGCUUCUUCAGACGCAGUAUGAAGCGCAAGGCCAGCUUCACCUGUCCCUUCAACGGCAGUUGCACCAUAACCAAGGACAACCGCCGCCACUGCCAGGCCUGCCGGCUCAAGCGCUGCGUGGACAUCGGCAUGAUGAAGGAGUUUAUUCUGACAGACGAGGAGGUGCAGAGGAAGAAGGACCUGAUUCAACGGAGAAAGGAUGAGGAGGCGCAGAGGGAGGCGCAGCGACCCCGGCUGAGCGAGGAGCAGAGCCAGGUCAUCGCCACACUGGUGGAGGCUCACCACAAGACCUACGACGACUCCUACUCUGACUUCAACCGCUUCAGGCCUCCGGUCCGAGAAGGCCCAGUGACACGCAGUGCCAGCAGAGCUGCCUCUCUCCACUCUCUAUCUGAUGCCUCAUCUGACUCCUUCAGCCACUCUCCAGAGUCGGUGGACACUAAGCUGAUGAACUUCAGUAACCUGCUGAUGAUGUACCAGGAGCAGGGGGGCAGCCCGGACUCCGACGACGACGGCUCCAAGCUCUCCAUGCUGCCCCACCUGGCCGACCUGGUCAGCUACAGCAUCCAAAAGGUCAUCGGCUUCGCCAAGAUGAUCCCUGGCUUCAGGGAGCUGACGGCUGAGGACCAGAUUGCCCUGCUCAAGUCGAGUGCCAUCGAGGUGAUCAUGCUGCGCUCCAACCAGUCCUUCAAUCUGGAUGACAUGUCCUGGAGCUGCGGAGGGUCCGACUUCAAGUACUGCGUCAACGACGUCGCUAAAGCGGGCCACACUCUGGAGCUGCUGGAGCCCCUGGUCAAAUUCCAGAUUGGCCUGAAAAAACUCAACCUCCACGAGGAGGAACACGUGCUGCUCAUGGCCAUCUGCCUACUCUCCCCAGACCGCCCGGGCGUGCAGGACCACGGGCGCAUCGAGACCCUGCAGGACCAUUUGUCGGAGACGCUGCAGGCCUACAUCCAACUGCACCACCCGGGCGGCCGCCUCGUGUACGCCAAAAUGAUCCAGAAGCUGGCGGACCUGCGCAGCCUGAACGAGGAGCACUCCAAGCAGUACCGCUCGCUGUCCUUCCAGCCCGAGCACAGCAUGCAGCUGACCCCGCUGGUGCUGGAGGUGUUCGGCAGCGAGUUCACUCGCAUAUCGCACGUCUGACACAACAAUGUAAGAAAUACCUGCACCUGGUUUCCGCCAUAUUCGGCUUUCAUUGAAGGACAGAGGGGAGGGAGCAACAUCCUGGAAUGAAACGCAGCCAGAGACUUAACUGUCACCUCUGUAUAGAGAGGUCAUGAGUCAUAUGGUUUCGGCCGGAGAGUUGGAGUGUCUGCUCCUCUUGGCACAGUUGGAAUGGUCUUUGCCCUCACUAGAUGUCUCUCACUCUGUCCCCUUUCCCCAAUCCAUCUCUUCUCUCUCUCCUUCCCUCCUUCUCUCAGCUCAUUUUCUCCACUCUUAUGCCCCAGCCCACAUUUUUAGAGUAGACUAUUCCAUAUAGAUCUUCAGAUUUUCAGGAAAGGGCAAAAGUUCUGAGAGGACAACCCUCAGUAUCCAUUUAAUGCUGCUUUUAUCAAGAACAUCACAGGUUGAUGUGAAUGUUGUUGUUCUUACUACCAUUGGCACGGUUGAGUAUCACCCAGCAUAAAUAUGCUAACCAGGACAUAGGAGGCCACAGUGUCGUGUUGUGUAGUUUUUGUAAAGCUGAGUAGUUUAGGUUGGUCUGAAGCUAGGGCAAGCUGGUUCUAGAAAAGCACACAUGGGGCAAGUUCCUAUUUGAACAAUGUGGACUUGAGGAAGUUGAUGCCCAUCUAUAAACUUUCAUUCAACCGCUUUAAUUGAUCAGUGUAAUGUUAAUCGCCAGCUACCACAGCCGCGGGAAGUAGCGGCGCUACAGUACCUCCGGAAAUAUCGGAAUUACAUUAUGAAAACGUUUUUGUUGUUGUUUUUGUUUAACAAAUGUAGGCCUUUACAAGUCCUGUAUUAGUGGACCUAUAUAGCAGUCUGUAGCGUGGGCAAAAAAAAAAAAAAAAAUUCUACCCUGCCCGACAGUUAGUGCCAAUUGAAGAUGUUGAGUAACUGCUUUAAUAUCUUUUGAGUACUGUUUUUGAAUACGUUUUGGCAAUGGUCCCUGCUAUCUUUCCAACUAACUCUCUCAAUUUUGACCAUUUGUUUUCAAACAACUUUUAAAAAUGAAAAGACCAAAUGUGUCUAGGAAAAAAAUCUGCCAGUUUGAUAAUCAGUCGUCAUGCUAGCUAUUGGAGGUACACUGCCGUUCAAAAGUUUGGGUUCACUUAGAAAUGUCCUUGUUUUCCAUGAAAACAUACAUGAAAUGAGUUGCAAAAUGAAUAGGAAAUAUAGUCAAGACGUUGACACGGUUAGAAUGAAUGAUUUUUCAAUUGAAAUAAUAAUUGUGUCCUUCAAAACGUAGCUUUCGUCAAAGAAUCCUCCAUUUGCAGCAAUUACAGCCUUGCAGACCUUUGGUAUUCUAGUUGUCAAUUUGUUGAUUUCACCCCAUGCUUCCUGAAGUUGGAUUGGCUUGAUGGGCACUUCUUACGUACCAUACGGUCAAGCUGCUCCCACAACAGCUCAAUAGGGUUGAGAUCCGGUGACUGUGCUGGCCACUCCAUUAUAGACAGAAUUCAUGCUGACUGCUUCUUCCUGAAAUGGUUCUUGCAUAGCUUGGAGCUGUGGUUUGGGUCCUUGUCCUGUGACGAAAUUGGCUCCAAUUAAGCGCCGUCCACAGGGUAUGGCAUGGCAUUGCAAAAUGGAGUGAUAAACUUCCUUCUUCAAGAUCCCUUUUACCCUGUACAAAUCUCCCACUUUACCACCGCCAAAGCACACCCAGACCGUCAUAUAGCCUCCACAAUGCUUGACAGAUGGCGUCAAGCACUCCUCCAGCAUCUUUUCACUUUUCCUGAGUCUCACGAAUUGUCUUCUUUGUGAUCCGAACACCUCAACCUUAGAUUCGUCUGUCCAUAACACUUUGUCCAGUGUCUGAGUUAUUUUGCCUAUCUUAAUCUUUUAUUUUUAUUGGCCAGUCUGAGAUAUGGCUUUUUCUUUGCAACUCUGCCUAGAAAGCCAGCAUCCUGGUGUCGGCUCUUCACUGUUGAUGUUGAGACUGGUGUUUUGCGG